CAGACAUAGUCUUGCGCCGCGCUUUUGUUGGUCGAAGUAAUUCAUUAAUAAUAUUUUCUAUUACAUUCGUGAAAUGGCUUGUAUUUAGGGCUUCUGAAUAUUAUUUGUCGUUUCUCUAAGACAAGAGGUAUCUUAGAUGUAUAUUUAAAAUUUGUAUGCUGUUUCAUCAUGAUUAAAAGUGAAGAAAUCUCUCAAGAAGAGAUUGGUUUAUUACGAGCUUCUAAAGCUGGAAACUUAGAAAAAGUGAAGAAUUACCUGGAUGAAAAUGUUGACAUUAACGUAACUAACUAUACUGGUUUAAACUCCCUCCAUUUGGCUUCUAAAGAAGGUUUUACCGAUGUCGUUCAAGAACUGAUUAAUCACGGAGCUGACGUUAAUUCUAAGACAAAGAAAGGCAAUGCUCCUUUACAUAUUGCUUGUUUGGCCGGUCAGACGAAAGUCGUUGAGCUUUUAAUAACAAACGGAGCGGAUGUCAACAUUAAAGCACAGAAUGGUUUCACCCCUUUAUACAUGGCAUCUCAAGAGUGCCACGUUGACGCUGUUAAAUUUCUUUCUCAUGGCGCAAACUUGCAUGCUUCGACUGAGGAUGGUUUCACGGCGUUGGAUGUGGCUGUGCAACAAGAUCACGAGGCUGUCGUAAUUGCUUUAUUAACAAGUGAAAAAAGAAAAGGUUUCCAUGCCUUACAUGGUGCAGCAAAAAAGGAUUUGACAAAGCCAAUCAAAUUUCUUAUACAAAAAGGCCAUUCCGUUGAUGUAACAGCUCCGAACGGGUUUACGCCUCUACACAUUGCUGCCAAGUAUAACAGUGCUAAUGCCGCGGUUCUCUUGAUAAAUAAUGGUGCAAACAUCGAUGCUCUAACUAAGACGUAUGCCAUAACACCAUUGCAUGCUGCAGCAAAGUUUGGUCAUACAAAUAUAGCAACAGUUUUACUUCAAUGGGGUGCAAAACCAGAUAAACCAAACAGAGAUGGAUUAACAUCAUUGCAUUGUGCAUCACGUGAAGGACACACAACUAUUGUUGAGAGUUUAAUUGCUGACAAUGCGACUAUUUCUGCACGAACUAAGAAUGGUCUAACACCUCUUCAUAUGGCUGUCCAGGGCAAUCAUUCAAAAAAUCACAUCCUUAUUGAUCAUGGUGCUCCUUUAAAUGCUAUAGCUGUUGACAGUUUAUGUCCAAUUCACAUCGCUGCACAUUACGGUCAUGUUGAGGCGAUGGAGGCUCUACUUAGUAAAGGAGUACACACGGAUUCCAGAGCUAGGAACGGAUUUACAGCGCUCCAUAUUGCUUGUAAAAAGAAUCAUGAACCUGUUAUUCAUCUUUUGCUUAAGUACGGAGCUAAUAUCAAUGCUGUGAACGAGGGUGGUCAAACACCAAUGCAUGUCGCUGCGUAUUAUGGGAACGUUUCAGUGGUUGUGAUGUUGCUUCAAAACGGCGGUUCACCCGACGUCACCAACAUGAGAGGCGAGACAGUAUUGCACAUUGCUUGUAGAAUACGCAAUAUAAACAUUGUUCGUCUUUUACUUCGCAAUGGGGCUGCUGUUGACUCAAAAACUCAGUCAAGAGAAACUGCCUUGCAUAUUGCUGUAAAGUCAGACAACGUUGAAAUGGUGAGAUUGCUUUUGGAUCACGGGGCAUCAGUUGAAUAUCUUGACAGAACAAAGUGUACGCCUCUUCAUCUUGCUGCAAGAAACGGUUACAACAAAAUACUUGAGGCUUUAUUUGAGCAUAAACCUCCUUUGUUCGAACUGAAUCAAAAAGGCUUUACUCCAUUGCAUGAAGCUGCGAGACAUGGUCACGUAAAAACUGUAGAACUGCUUCUCCCUCAUUAUCCAUCUCCUGAUCCUCCUGGAAAGCAUGGUAUGACUCCUUUACAUGUUGCUUGUCAUUAUGAUCAUGUUAAAGUCGCUGUUCUUCUCCUCAAUAAAAAUGCAUCAAAAUAUGCCAUAACGAAGAAUGGAUACACACCCCUUCAUAUUGCUUCUUUACGAAAUCAAAACGAUGUUGCCGCGACGCUUUUGGAUUACGGAGUAGAACCUGACACAAAGACUAAGUCGGGUGUCAGCCCGUUGCAUUUGGCUGCUAAGGAAGGACACGUAACUGCGGUGUCCUUGUUACUGGAGCAUGGGGCGAGUCCUGAUGUUAAAACAAAAAAUGGUUUAACACCCUUACAUGUCUGUGCAAGAUACAACAAAGUUGACGUGGCAAAACUUGUCCUGAAAUACGACGCAGAAAUCAAUGUUCAAACUAAGAGUGGUUUUACCCCUUUACAUAUUGCAUGUUAUUGUGGACAUUAUGAGAUUGCUCAUUUGUUAUUGGAACAUAACGCAAAUGUUGCUGUCAUCACCACUCAAGGAUACAUGCCUCUUCAUUUUGCUGCUCAGCAAGGACACAUAAAAAUUAUAGAACUGUUGCUACGUUACGAUGCUCCUCCUGAUGCUGUAACCAAGGAUGGAUUCACUGCAUUGUACAUCGCUCAGUAUCUUAGUAAGAUUAUCACCACGGUAGAAUGGACACAUAUUAUUGAAACAUUGAUCAAAGUGACCACAACACGUGUAUCUACGACUGUUUUACCGACAGUUGAGACUGGUCAUCAAAUCACUUCAUCACAGUUACCUGAGGAGCUAUAUGACGAUGGCUCAAGUGAGGGAACUGGAACUUUAGAAGAAGAUGAUUAUGAAUAUGAGAAUCGUUCUCAGUUCAACGAUGAAGAUUAUCUGCGAUCCUUUAUGCCAGAUGUUGGGGGAAUGCGAGAAAGCAUAACAGAAACUCACAGUAAAGACCAUUCAGCUCGCAGUACACCAGAUUCCUCGUAUCACGAAAACGUCCGUGGCAUCUCUUCCCCAUUGAGUCCCUUUAAAUCGGUCGACGAUCGUUUACAAUCCCAACUCUUUGAAGAUGAUGUGGUUGUUUCAACUCAGUCUGCACCAAGUUUCAGUUUUGAAGCUUCAGAAUUGGAUAAACUUCCUGCUGAUAAUAUCAUUCGUGAUCCACCUGUAUCAGGGGGAUUCCUCGUAAGUUUCAUGGUUGAUGCCCGAGGUUGCGUGAUGAGAAGCCAAGAAACUGGAAUAAAGAUGACGUUUCCUCCGCAAAGUUGCCGAAUGCCCACGCGAAUUACAUGCCGUCUUUUAAAAUCUGUGAAACCUACAUCAAUGCCGACAAUUGAUGAGAGUGAAGGUAUGGCAUGCCGUAUGAUUAGCUUAGGACCCUGUGAGGUAAAGUUUAUGAAACCUGUGUCCAUCGAGAUACCUCAUUUUGCGAGUCUACGGAACGGUGAACGAGAGCUACUUGUCAUAAUUUCUUUUGACGGUGGGCAGACCUGGAAAGAUUUAGCAGUAAAAAACCAAUCAGAUGUCAGUUAUGAGACGCAACAUGUGAAGAUAUCUCUUACUCAAUUUCCCGGAAGGAUGGCAGUCAUAUCUCGUCUAAAGAAAGAGACUUUCGUGACAGGAAGUAAAAGUGAAGUGAUCAAAUCCCAUGUUGUACAACACUGUAGUGUUAGUAUCCCUGAAGGAGCCAUCAGACCUGGAACAGUAAUUAAUAUGCAGGUUAAGCCGGUGGAUGAGAACUUUAACGAUCAACAAGAAGGUGCGGCGAUCAGCCCCAUCUUAAAGUUGAGUCCUAGUGACGUUGUAAUUUCACGUCCUCUUACGAUCUCAUUUCCGACACCUACCUACACGUUACGACGUGAAUACGAAGAAGCACCCGAACAGCAUUUGUUAAUGCAGCCAGCUGGAAAGCCUGGAUACGAGUGGCAAGAUGUGACGUUAUCGACUCCUUUGAAAAUUAUGAACGGCUACGCAACAUUCACCACGGAGGAAAUGGGGAAAUACUGUCUCAUUGACUCAUACAAUGAAGCAAAUGUGGUAAAUGAUACGCGUUUGAUGUGUAAGAAACUGAACAGGGUUCCUUAUAUGGCAAAGUUCGUCGUAUUUGCAAAGAUUUCGUCCAACACAACUAUGGCAAAAUUUCGUGUUUUUUGUAUGACGGACGACAAAGUCGACAAGACUUUAGAAACCCAAACAGGUUUCACGGAGGUUGCAUGUAGUCGCAAUAUUGAAAUCAACAACGGUCAGACAAUUUUCUUCAACUGCCAGGGAAACGUGGAGGUUGAUGCUGAUUGUAACUUACAGAUGAACUUCUUUGCUUUUCGCGAAAACCGUUUACCUUUCAUCGCUCGCGUUAUUGACUCGAAUCAACAAAUGAAAAUGAAACUCCUGGUUAUUUUGAAUCCAAUACGAGACCAACAAGGAAAAAUCCAUGUUGCAAGUGCAUUAGAUAUUGAUUUAUCUACCGAUACAAUUGGACGUGACACGGAGUUGCAGAAAAUCUCCGACAACUUGCUCCAAUUGAUCGCCAAGCAACUAAAUGAAGAUUGGAAUUCUUUUGGAGAAAAAAUUGGACUUAAUGGUGGCAAACUCCAGGAUAUCUUAGAUUUAAAUGGUCAUAAUUACGAGGCUUCGGCUUUCGAAGUUGUUCAAAUAUGGAGAGAUGAGCAGGGACCUGAUGCUAGUUUGGAAAAACUAGAAUCUGUGUUACAGGCUAUUGGUCGUGAAGAUAUAUUGAAGAACUUUAAGCAUUUAACCAACUCAAGUUAUGGAACUCACGAUAGGCUCUUGGUGACGGAAAUUCAUCGAAAUGGUGAUACAAAACACACGAACGGACAUGUUGAAGGCAACAACGAUAUUUUAAUUGAUUCGUCGUGUGAAAAAUCUGUUGAGGAAAAAAGAUACUCGAGCUUUCUAAAAGACUCCACAAGCAAUGCUGACCGUGAAGGAAACGAUGAUGAAAAGAGCAAAAAUAUCAUCGAAGGAAUGUUCUCGAAUGACGAGGAAAUAAUGAGAUUUUUCCAAGACAAUGUUACAAACAACACUGAGACGGAAAUAGAUUAAAGUUUUUGUGUGGGUUUGAACUUUUUUGUCUAUCCACUGUCUUGUAAGUUUUCAAGAUGCACUGGGCUUAGAAAGUACAACAUGUUGACGUAAGUUAUAUAGAACAAUUCUUUCAAUACUUAAUCAACAAGUAUCGAAAAUGAUGAAACAAGUAGUUUGUUCUACAAGUUAUAUGAAAUUUCCCUUGAUUCACAAUGUAGUCGAUAAAAUCGGGUUGAACAGGAAUCUUGUAAACGAGAAAGUUAUUUAAAUAAUUAUUACGUAUGUAGUUUUUAAUUUAUUGAAUAUGGAAUAUAAUUAGUGAAAAUAACUAGAUUUAAUUUUAUCAUUUUAAACAUUGGCGUGCCCUAAACGUAUUUCCGUAGGAUAUUACCUUUGAUCUUUUGUACAGUUGUAAUUAACUGUCAAACAAGGAGUCUCCUGUGGGCGAGAAAUAUAAUACCUUCAGGCACUGAUGGGGUGAUCGUGUUCCAUGCUUUAAAACGUAAAAUUGUUCAGUUAGCUAUUACAUUCAUAAUAUUGUUAUCUGUUUCUUUGUAAAAAUUCGAAGAAAUCUAUGAAAUUUGCGCAAACAA